AUGAAGUUCUCCGUCGCUUUCAUGCUCAGUGCCAUCACAGCCUUGGCGGCUGCCCAGAACUGCUGGGAGACCGGGUUCGGCUGGAGCCCCGAGUGCGGCCGCGGCCACUGCGCCAUCGAGGGUACCGGCUGCGUCUGCGAGGGCUGCAACUUUGAGCGCUUCACCAGCUCAAACAUUGCAUGCUGCGCUUAA